GUAUUUUCCACUUUACACAGGAAAUCAGAUGUCAGCAUAAUGGCACAACGGGUGAUCCAGAUGCGACAACUACUGUACGAGAAACUCAGAGAAUUAGGAACCCCUGGUUCGUGGGACCAUAUUAUCAAACAGAUUGGAAUGUUCUCCUAUACUGGACUAACCAGUAAGUGGUAUUUUAUUUUCCUAAAAUACCGUCUUUAUUGUACAGUUUUAUUCUCAGUUCCUACGUCGAUUAACACCACUUCGUUCGAUCAUUCGUCGUAA